AUGUUCACGGUGCCUAAGUUGUCAUAUCCUAACGUCGUGGGCGAUGCUCUCGAAAUCACUACCCGCGCUGCCCUCAAAGGUGAAGAUGUUGUCGUCAGGUCUGGCGAGACGGACGAGGAUAGUAGCAAAUUGCUCAGCGAGCUAGAGCAGCUGGUGAAGAGAUCUCUUGGUGACAUAUAUCCUAGCUCGGACACAUAUAUGUGCAAUGAGAAGGAGCAUGAAAGAAAGAAAAAGAAGUGGAAGACGGAAGGGAAUGAUGAGGCCGGUGCUGACUUGAUAGAAUUUCCGCAUCACCAAAUUGACAAUGGCCAUCGAAAAAGGAGGCGGCGGAAGGCUUCUCGCGCAUUUGAACCUCAGCCUCAUGCGAUGUUUUGGCGGCCGCUUCGCGAGCGGGGUGUCAAGGCAGCAGGCCAUGUCAUGGGCUACGGCAGCAGCUGGUCGGUGUACAAGGACGAUUCUCUGCGAUAUCAGUAUCAGACGGAUACCCUGCGUAAGGAACAACGCACCCUCGCGCUAUCCUAUGCUCGUGUCGUCCGCGUCCACUGGCUCGUGCUGUGGAUAAUCCCGCGUCACGAUCUGCUUCCCCUUAUCCCGAUCCCUACGCUCCCGCCUCUUCUGCGCCCAGGCCUCCUCGCCACCGGGGAAGUUCACGAGUUCAAAGUCGCUCCUAUACGCGCUCGUUUCAAAUGCAAGCUUCAACAGUUCGAGCACCUGGCCGUUGAUCGGGUCGAUGCUAACGGCGUCGACAAUUAA